CAGUGGUAACAAAGAUAACCAAAAUUGUGGGGGAAGAGCUUUCUCUUUUAGAUGCAUUGUAGUUUAUUCUGGUGUUUCAUCCAGCUCCUCCUCCUCAGUAUUAAUCUAACCAGUCUAUGCCGCUAGGCAAUAGACUAUGAAAUCGGACAUGACCGAUUGAUCGCUGAGCAUUGAUUUGCAUGGAAACUAAUGGAAUGUAAAGAAAACACAAGAAUCCAGAGCUGCGUGAAGGGGCUGUUAGUUCAUUUUGUAAAAUAAACCCAGUUUACCAAUCGGUGAGGAAAAGAGGUUGAAUGUGCUUGGAUCCAGAAUGAAAUUAGCAGCAGCAUUGCAAGGCAGCGAAGUAUAUGUGAAGCCUCAAGGCAUGCUUUGGUCAGACUAAAAUAAUUGCAUGAUAACUCUGGCUAGAGGCGUUGUCCUGUUACGAGCCAGCCGAUCAAACUCUCUGCCUGCGUACUUUGGACUCGUUGAUUCUAGCAGCCACAGAAUGGUAGAAUUAGAGUCACCGCGUCAACCUUUUAAAGAAUAUUUGAAUUGCGCUAAUGAGGGGGGGAAACUGCUGAAGGAUGCUUCAUGGCAAAUACGAUAAUUUUCAGGGCCUGAUUUGUUUAUAAUACUCCAAGAGACUUAGGAGCAAGGGAGUUACCAUAAAGAGAUGAACCCAUGACUAUGGGGGACUGGAACCUGCUGGGCAGUAUCCUAGAAGAAGUUCACAUCCAUUCCACCAUCGUGGGCAAAAUUUGGCUCACCAUCCUUUUCAUAUUCCGGAUGUUGGUUCUCGGUGUUGCUGCUGAAGAUGUCUGGGAUGAUGAGCAAGCAGAGUUCAUCUGCAACACCGAGCAGCCCGGUUGCAGCAACAUCUGUUACGACAAAGCUUUUCCCAUCUCUCUGAUCCGUUAUUGGGUGCUACAAGUGAUAUUUGUCUCAUCCCCUUCCCUGGUUUACAUGGGGCAUGCACUUUACAGACUUCGGGCCCUCGAGAAAGAGAGGCAACGGAAGAAAGCCUACCUCAAAGCCCAGCUAGAGGAGAUCGAGCCUACAAUAGAAGAUCAUCGGAGGAUAGAAAGAGAGCUGAGAAAGUUAGAAGAACAAAAGAAAGUCAACAAGGCACCCUUGAGAGGAGCCUUGCUAUGUACCUAUAUCCUGCAUAUCUUGACCCGAUCAGUCUUAGAAGUAGGCUUUAUGGUGGGUCAAUAUCUUUUAUAUGGCUUUCAGAUGUAUCCGCUGUAUAAAUGUACCCGUCCCCCUUGUCCUAACACAGUGGAUUGUUUUGUAUCCAGACCAACUGAGAAGACCAUCUUCAUGGUUUUCAUGCACACCAUUGCAGCUGUUUCUCUCUUUUUGAAUGUUCUGGAGAUCUUCCAUCUGGGGAUUAAGAAGAUUAAAAAUACUCUUUGUGGGAGGCUAAAGGAGGAUCUUGUAGCUCCUGAUGAAGAUGCUAACUUUUCCAACUCUAAGAAAAACUCAGUAAUACAACAGGUUUGCAUCAUGUCAAACUCAUCUCCCCAAAGCAGUUUUAAAUUUAUGUCAGAGCAACAAGGAGGGCUGCCAUCUUACUUGAAUCCAGAAGAUGGAUACAAUCCUGCAGGACAGAAUCAAAAUGUAGAGUCACAGUGGUGUAGCAACCAAAGAAGUAGGUCCAGUCAGCACCAGGACCAAAUCCACCAGGCCUACAGACAUCUCGAUCAUCCCAAUGAAGGUAACCAGCAACAUAAUAGACAUCUCCCUAGACACCCCCCAAACCUUAUGCCUCAUCGACAUGACCACCAACAUCAAAAUGGAUCUUCCAGCAGUGAGGAUAUGCAGAAGGCACCACAGCAGGGAGCAAACAACUAUCGAAAAAAUGAACAACAUGUAGUGGAACAUUCCAAGGCUUCUCAACAUGGCACAAAAGCUCCUGUUGUCUCCAGUCAUACGGAGAGCCCACAAGCUGUUCUUCGGAAGCAAAACCGGGUGGCGGCUUGCAAGGACUUGGGAGAUGAUCGUUGUGAUUCUCCAGAUAGUGGGCCUUAUCAGAACCGUAAGUCAAGUUUUUUGUCCAGGGUACUGUCCCAGAGCCACUUGGACACCGACUCAGAGACUUCAGACUCACGGAAUGGCUCUGGUUCAGAUGCUAAACGCAGAGGUGACAGCAGUCCUCCCAACACACCGCCUCUUUCUUCCACUACUGGACGCAGAAUGUCAAUGGCAAGUAGACCCAAGCGGCCUUCCUACUAUACCCUGCUAGUGUGAGUUAUUGAUCCUUAG